AAUUAAAGACAAUGUGAAAUUUAAACAUGGGUUGACAUAGUGUAACUUGAGUAUGGUCCAACAAAAUCACCAGCAGCAAAUGAGAUUAGCAGAUUAAUAUAGGCAGUGGAGAAGAUUCGUCAUGGCCGAGGCGGGGUCAUCUAAGGGCCCCCUUUAUGGAGCAGUGGAUGACCUCUCCCUCCCCUUACCCCCUUCUCCACUAGCCAACCAGUCAUUUGAGUACAGACAUGUGAGAGAGAGGAGCAGUAGUGAAUCAGAUUUAGCUGCAGAGUCUCCGGGAUUGCUGUCCUAUCUAGCUGUGGAUAAAAAUGUCCUUAACCUUGGUAAGAUGACGAGUGUCAAGGUCAGCUGGGAUAUCAAGGAGGAGAUUGGAGCUGAUGAUUGGAUAGGACUGUAUCAGUCGGGGGAGACAAAUCCUUCAAAGUUUCUAGACAUGAAGAAUCGUGGAGGAAAUGGUGGACAGACAGGAGAUUUACAAUGGGAUCUGUCAGACAUCACGUACAACUUUACAGCAGGUGAAACAAAGAUUUGCUUCAAGUAUUACCUCGGCAGUAACCAAGAUCUGGUGGCCACAAGUCCCUCUGUCAAAGUUGUGAAACCUGCCUCUCCAAAGGAGGAAUCUGUUGAAAAUGGAAUCACAAGCAGAGAUAUAAAUAGAAAAAUAAAACUGAAGAUAACGGACAUUGAAGCUGUGAAUCUGAAGAAAGGAAUGUUCUUUAACCCAGACCCCUAUGUAAAGAUGACUGUGCUACCCGGAAAAAUGUGUCCAAAAAUGAGUCACCACCUGAGAGAGAUACGCACUGGUGUGUGUAAUUCUACAACAAACCCUGUUUGGCGGGGGCAGUCUUUUUCCUUUGAGUCUGUUCCCACAGAUGUUCUGGAUUUUGAAAUCAAAGAUAAAUUUUCUAAGAGUCGGCCCUCCAUUAACCGGUUCCUGGGGAAAGCCACACUCUCUGUACAAAGAAUCAUUGAUAAGACAGAAAGAGAACCUGCAGAAUUCUGUCUAGAUCUGACAAAGAGGAACCCCACAGACAAUGUCAGUGGUACUCUUAAGUUUGGUGCUGAUGUGAUAGACCUGGAGUUCAGAUCAGGAUUACAAGAAUCAACUAAACAAAGUGCAGGCAUUGAAAAUCCUGAGUCAGUGUCUGAAAACGGCUCCAUUUCAAAGGAUGAUUCAGUAGAUGACCAAGAGGAUUCUGGGAUAUCCUUAACGCAGUUAUUAAGGGACCGUAUCAGUGGUGAAAUUGAAGACGAUGUAAUUGAAGUGGAAUGUGAUAAUGUUCCAACUGAAAGUGAGGGUACCAGUCUACCAUGUGUACCAGACAUAGUGUGUAAUUUUUCUGAGGAUACAGAGGAAACUCGGACAGAAGAAUCAAAUCAGGGUGAAACAUGUGAUAUUAGUUCAGGUUUGUCCUCUGCUGUGCCAUCAAGUGGAGACAAUUCCAGUGGAUCAGACGUUUCACCUCAGAUAGUGAAUAGAAAUGGCCGUGAUCCACUGGAGUUUUUAAAUUGUGCCAAAAACAAACAGGAGGAAGCUCCUGAAGUGUUAGAUAGCUCUCUAGAUAGUGAGGUAAAUUUAGUCAUGAAUGACAUACCCCCCAAACCACCUGUGCUCCCACCACGGACCUAUAAGGCUCCCCCAUUACCCCCUCGGUACAAGAUGACCGAUGCCCCUCCUCUACCCCCUCGAACACCUGAAAGAGGGGAGAGACCUACAUUUCCUGCUAGUGGAGUAGGAACUGUGCAAAUUUCACCAGACACUGUGUCAGAAUCUAGGUCAGAGCCCCCCACACCUAGACCUCCUAGCACAGAUGUAUCAAGGACUUGUCAUAGUUUGGAACCUCCCCCCUUACCACCCCGUACUUAUAGUCCAAUCACUGUGUCUCAUAGUAGUCCACAACAGCAGACGGUGGAAACUGAACAAGAGGAAGGGGAGGGAACAAGUUCAAACAGUUUGGAGAGUUCAGGGGAUUCUCAGGAGUGUGGAGAAGAACAGGAGACAUUAGAGUCAUCUCCAGCUGGUGUUCAGGAGGCAGAAAUCUCAUCCCCAUCAUCUGAGACAACAGAUGAAGUGGACAGUCCGAGGAGGUCAUGCCCAAGGGCUCUGAGAUCUGAAUCUGAAGUGCAUAAUAGACCUAGAAGUGUUGUGACUAAAUUACCAGCUAGACAACUGACAAACAAUAGCAAUGUGUUUUCACAGGUGUCCAUGAUGAGUGGCACAGAGUCAGCUGUGUCACCUGAAAGACUCAGAAACUCGAGCACAGUGAGUCGAUCUGUGGAGUGUAGCCCAAGAACUAGUCCGAGUCCUUCUAUGCAAACUUCAUAUAGUGAUUCAGUGGCCGAACAAAGGAAAUAUGCAAGUCGACAUAGUAUAGCUGCACCUACAGAAAGAAACUUUAGAAAUAAUGAAACCUUUGUUACUACCCCAGUAAGGGCUCCUUUGGAUAGAUCUGCCAGCUCUAUAUCAGACUCUGGAACUCCACCACGCAUAAUUCCUAGAAAUGCCCUCAGUCGUGUCUUAAGUGAUGAGGAAAAACAACAAAACCGUGAACAAAUUGUUCAGCAACUACAAUUAUGGACCCAAAAACAAAAAGAAAAAUCUAAGCCUGAUUCAGAGGAAGAUUCCGGUGCCGUGUUAUCUACCGAUAGUGAAAACCAGACAACCAGUGAUAAACCAGACAAACCAUCUACUUCAGCAGGUAAUGCCACACCUAGCAACUCACCAAGACCUCAGCCAGGUGCCGGAAAGUCAUCAAGUGCCAAAUCUGGAGCCAGUAAAUCUGAGUCUCGAUCAACAGUUUGGCAGCUCAGGCAGUCAACCAAUAAAAUAGAACCUAAACAAGCAUCCACAAACAAAGAGGGCAGCCAAUCACCACUUCCAAAACUGCCUGCCAGGAAAAGGUACCACAGAGUGGAUCCACCCCCAGGGGAUCAGCCCCUUCCUCCUGGUUGGGAGGCUCGAGUAGACAGUCAUGGCCGAAUAUUCUACAUUGACCACACCAACAGGACCACCACUUGGCAAAAACCACAGAGUGGCCAGCGAACCAUCCAACGCCGGCCGACCAUCAGCUCCGAACAGCGACAACAACUGGACAGGAGAUAUCAGAGCAUCCGUCGAACAAUCAACCAACCUCGAUCUGAACAGGACACUCCAACCGAAAGUACUUCAUCAGGAGGAAGUGACAAUAGUCCACAGACGUCAGCACAAUCUCGGGUACCCCUUCCCGUCACCUCCCCGCCCCCUUCACGAAGCCCUGCCCCAGAGCCUGGGGACAACAGAAUGCCAGCUGUCAAGUUUCUCACCCGCUCUGAUUUCUUCCCUCUUCUGCAGGGCAAUGACAGAGCAAUGGCAGAAUAUAACCGUAAUGGUACACUCAAACACAUGAUCAGUAAAAUCCGCCGCGAUCAACACAACUUUGAAAGAUACCAGCACAAUAGAGACCUUGUGUCAUUCCUGAAUCAUUUUGCUGACAGCAGUAAGGAACUGCCAGCUAACUGGGAGAUGAAAUUUGACAGAGGAGGAAAAACAUUUUUCAUUGACCACAAUCAGAAACUGACGACCUUUAUUGACCCCCGUCUGCCAACAGAUAUCCCACCAAUCAACACAGACUUCCUACACACGUCAUUAUUGUUCCGUAACCGCGGGAGACGUGAGGGAAGUGAUAGCCCAGUCAGAACCAAUCAUGCACCAACACCUCCUCCUAGAGCCCCAGUACCUGAUGAGCCAACAGUUGUACCAACAGCUUACAAUGAUAAGGUUGUUUUGUUUCUGAGACAAGCCAACAUUGGGGAGAUUCUUCAAGAAAAGUACUCUGCUUAUAACAACAGUACCCGGUUAAAAGAAAAGAUCAACAAAAUCCGUAGCGAGGGGACUGAAGCCCUAGACAAACUGAGUAACGAUGUGGAUCUUAUCAUUCUGCUCAGUCUAUAUGAAAAUGAGAUUAUGUCUUAUGUGCCUCAGAACCUUCUACAAGCCAGUGUACCAGGGGAUUCCCCGGGGGAAACCCCUCAAGGAUCACCAAAUGUACAGAGAGCUAACAUGAGAGUUCAUGCUCCAUACAAACGAGAUUUCCAGGCCAAGCUACGCAGCUUCUAUAGAAAGCUAGAGAGCAAGGGUUACGGACAGGGACCUUCCAAAUUAAAGCUAAUGGUGAGAAGAGACCAUGUUUUAGAGGAUGCUUUUAACAAGAUAAUGGGAACGACAAAGAAGGAACUGCUGAAGAAGAGCAAGCUGUACAUCACGUUUGUAGGAGAGGAAGGCUUGGAUUAUGGUGGCCCGUCACGUGAAUUCUUUUUUCUUCUUUCUCGUGAACUCUUUAACCCGUACUAUGGACUUUUUGAAUACUCUGCCAAUGAUACGUAUACUGUACAGAUCAGCCCAAUGUCUACUGUGGUGGAAGACGCUCAUGAAUGGUUCCGUUUUGCUGGCCGAGUUUUAGGACUAGCAGUUGUACACCAGUAUUUAUUAGACGCUUUCUUCACCAGACCAUUCUACAAAGCUCUCUUAAGACUGCCCUGGUCCCUAGCUGAUGUGGAGACCUUGGACGCCGAGUUUCACCAAAGUCUGUUGUGGAUUAAAGAGAAUGACAUCUCGGAGGUCGACAUGGACCUUACUUUCUCUGUCAAUGAAGAGGUGUUUGGACAGGUGACGGAGAGGGAAUUAAAACCUAACGGGAAGUUGCUCCCUGUGAACGAGAGGAACAAGAAGGAGUACAUAGAGAGAAUGUCUAAAUGGAGGCUGGAAAGAGGGGUCACAGAGCAGACGGAGAGUCUCAUCAGGGGCUUCCAUGAGGUGAUAGACAGUCGGCUGAUCUCCAUGUUUGAUGCAAGAGAACUGGAGUUGGUGAUUGCAGGAUCUGUGGAGAUCGAUGUCAAGGAUUGGAGAAAGAACACAGAAUACAGAUCAGGAUACCAUGACCAGCAUCAGGUGAUUCAGUGGUUCUGGCAGGCCAUUGAAAAGUUUGACAAUGAGAGGAGGCUACGAUUGUUACAGUUUGUGACGGGAACCUCCAGUAUUCCUUAUGAGGGAUUCUCUGCUCUCCGAGGAAGCAAUGGCCCUCGUAAAUUCUGUAUAGAGAAGUGGGGGAAAGUUACCAGUCUCCCAAGAGCACACACUUGCUUCAAUCGACUGGAUUUACCUGCUUAUGCAUCAUCAGAGAUGCUCUUUGAGAAACUUGCCACAGCUGUGGAAGAAACAAGCACAUUUGGAAUUGAAUGAUACUUCUCAAAAAGAGUCUUUCCCCUUGAUGUUGGGAUCUGUUUUCCUUAAUAAGGGUAUAGACCACUAUUUGGUAAUUAAAGAACCUCAUAAUAAUAUGAAUACUUGAAAAAAGCGACAAUAGUUUUUUAUUACCAUUGUUAGCUUUUUAUAAUUGAUAUAUAAGUCUUUCAUUGAAGAAGGAUUAAUUGCAUGGUUAAACAAAUUAAUGGAGGUUUUUUUUAAUCUCAACCCAUUGAUGUUUGUUAAUUGCAAAGGCAUUCAAUGUAUUUUGUAAGCUUUAUUGUCAGUGAAGGGUCCUUAAAACAUUCUGAGGACUAAGAAUCUAGACACUAGUCAGCAUGACAUAUGUGAUAAUGUUUGAUUUGAGAUUUCUUUUGAUGCAAAUUGACUUAGAUGUGUAUGUACUGUAUUUUUUUUUCUUUUUGUGGAAAAAUCGUAAAUAAUUUUGUGCACAGAUGUGUAUUUUAUAAAUGUAUUAGAACAUCUUAAAGAAAUUUCGCUUAAAAAUUUUUCAGCUGGAAAAGACAGUAUUAGCUUAAAGCAACUGACGCUCAUUAAGUCUUAUUUAAAUUGAUACAAUGCAAUUAGGAAAAUUAGAAGGGAAUUACAAAUAUUAACAAUAGGCAUUCACAUAAUCCGUGACAUUAUUUUAUGGUGAAUUAUGGUUGUGAUUACUAGUCUCUUUAUUGUAUCAUGUGCGAAUGUAGUAUUCUUGCCUUGAAAUUUUAAAUCUUCGUUAGACACUAGAACUUGUGUAACUUCAGAUGUUAUUCUUAACUAAUUAACAAGUUCAGUGGCUCUGUGUUAGAUACUUACACAUAUGCAUUAUUAUUUUACAUGCUAAGUUUCUGGAAACAUUAUGAAAGCAAUAUGAUGUGCAAUGAAUUUUGGAUAAAACCAAAGUUGUAAUAACAAAGUUUUGAUUCAGUUGAUUUCGAUGAUGUGUCUUAUGAUUUUUGGGUGAAUGUUUCUACAAAUGAGUGUAUUUUUUUGUUUAAGCUACAGUGUUUAAAAUUGAAGGCAGAUUUCAUAAGGACUGUUAAUUUUAAAUAUAAGAAUUAAUUUGGACUGAAUUUCAUAAAUGGAAUAUUCCUGGUCAGGAUAUCCUUGUCAUAAAAAAAAUCCAAAGAAAAGUUUGAGAGGGUAUAUAUUUUAUGUACUGUGAUAAUAUUUGAUAUUGGUAAAAACAGUUUAUAUAGCUUUUUUGGUUCUAACAGCUUUGAGUGGUAUUAAUGCUUUAAGAAUUUACUUUUUACACAAAUUGUAAAAUGGUAUUACACUUGUCAAUAUCAAACUCUCCUUUAAUGCUUCAUUUUAUGUAAGAAAAAAAAUUCUGAGAAUGCUUAUUUAAAAUAAAAAAUCAAAAGUAAUAGAGGAAGUUAAAGAAUUUUAGUGAGUUUGGCAAGUCUGGUUUCUUGCUGUAUCAUAUGCGGCCCAUAUUUAGAAGUGUAACGGAAGCCUCUCUGCUGUGGGUAUCAGGGAAUGGAUUUUAUUAUUUUGUUGUUAUUUGUUAGCUUUUGUUGUACACAAGUGUUGUGAUUUCUCCCUAUUUUAUUUCCUCAUAUGUGUAUAUAUACUGUACGUAUACAUACAUGUAUGUAUAGACUGUGCCAGUAUAUUGUAGUUUUUGUUAUACACACAAUCAUGAUUGGUGUUAACAAAAAAGAACCUUUCAGAAUAUUAACCAAAUGUAUAUCACUGUGUAUUGUUUGAGAGCAUUAGGUGCAAGUUUUAACAAUCACAGCCUGUAAAUAUUAGUAAAUUAAACGUAAAUGUAGAAAAAUAUUUUAUCAGGAUGCUUUAUAUAAUGUAACACUCAAAUUCAUCACGCUUACAUCAUUCCGUUGUGUUCAUGUUUAGAGAAAAUAUAUCAAUGUUGAUAUUUAUUUUGUUAUUUGCAGCCAUAUAUACAGUUUUAGUCAUAUAUUAGCCUUUCACCUUUUUUGUAAGAUAAUAUUUUUAAGCCAAUAAAUAUCGUUGAACAAUGCUGAACUCUUCAUUCUAAGAGAUGAAAAUGAAGGUUUUGUAAUAGGCUUAUUUUGUUCUAAUGACAUAAUUGUAGAAAAAUAUCAUACUCUGGGUUAUUUAUAUUUUCCUACUAUUUUCAUUCCUUAGAGGUUUUAAGAACUAUUUUUUUCUCCCCUGCUUUUUUUCAUUAAAUGAGUGUUUAAUGAACAAAGAAAUAUGUUGUCACAAAGUUUAAGAAAUACAUAUAAUGAAUUUUGCAUGCCUGUUAUAAUUAUUGAAUGUCUCUGUAACUCUUUAUUUGAAUCAAAGGCACAUUUGAUCAGAAGAAAGAUAAUAUUUUAUGAGUACUGGUCAACAGUUAAUAGGAAAUUUACUGCAUGUUGAUGUUGAAUUUUUCUAUUGGGGUUGGGAAGUGGAUGGGGGUAUGACUUCUUCAAAUUUACAAUAUUAUCGUGGAGAAUUAAAAAAAAAAAGGUUUUGAAUGGUUAUUUGAUUGGAAAUAUCGUAUUUGAUAAAAGAGGAACACUUGUUAGAAAUCUUUAAAAUGGAAAAAUAAUUUUAAUUUGUAAGUAGGUAAUGUACAUGUAUAUGAUUAUAAUUAGCAAAAGUUAUAUUUAUGUUAUGUGUUCAUUUGGCACAAAUUGAAGUGGCAACAAUGUUUUUUGGGGGGUAUAUUUUAUGUUUGGCUGAUGCAAAAUGUCAUUUUUUAAGCUAGAAAUUCUUGCCACAAAAUGUUUUUCCUAGCAAUGAUUUUUUGGUUAGAAGAAACAGUUACUAACUUAAGCUUUAAUCUAAACCACCACCAAAAUAAAUUUUUUGCGACAAUUACAAAUCUUGCAGUUUCAGAGGAAUUUAUUUUACAAUUUUCAUGUACUUACUUAUAUGUUCUCUGAUGUAUAUCAAUAUCAUGUUUGAAACCUGCUCAUGAAAUUAUUCAAUAUUCCAAAGGGCAAAUAUAGUUGAUAAAUAUACCUCAAUAGCUUCAUUAUGCAUUUCUCACGUUCAGCUUCAGUGUCACUGGGAUAAAACGUUCCAGAGAAAAAGAAAUUAUUUCUUUUUGUCCCUGUAUUACUGGGUGGAACAGAAAAUUUCAUAUUUUCAACACAAGAAUGAAAAAAAAAUUAUUUGUAUCUGAAGAUAAAUUUCUAUUUCAGGUUUAAUUACUCUGACAGUUUCAAAGUAUGGUUUAGAUGAUGAUUCUCGAACUAGAAUAAACUAUUUAAGAAACUAUGUUUCCCAAUAAUAUUAUUCUGUUUUGGAUGAAUGAAUAAACUCGAAUUAUUACUUUCAGUGUUAUUAUGUGCAAAGGAUAACUGAAACACAUUUUGUAAUUUUUUUUUACGAUUAUUCAUAUUUGUAUAUCUAUGGUAACAAUUAUUUAUGUGCAUUGUAACAAAAUUGUUGUUUAUGUUUUAUAAAUAUAAAUGAAAAACA